AUGCCUAGGUUUCCUGAGAAUGAUGAACCUGGUGAUGACUCAGAGAAUUACGAUGAGCUCAUUCGUAACUGGUUGAGUAGUCUAGGAGAGCCGAGUGGUACUGUUGUUGCAUCUGAUCAUGAUGAUGACGUCCAGUAUCUUGGAACGAGAAAAGCUCAGCCAGAUCAAAGCGGAAACGAACUGCGAAAGCGGCGGAGGUCUGGUCCUGGUGAUUCGUUUAGGCUUCCUGAUCUUGAGCCCUUUCCCCGCUCGGCUUACCCUCCUGGACCUUAUGGCGUAACGAAGCAAGAUGUGAUGCACAAUCCUCCUUUGGAUACUAGCAAACGUGUGAAGCUAGUGAAAAAGUUAGUACGUGUUUCUACUUUCGAGGAUCUGUUUUCCCCCAACAAAGAAAUGGUUGAGAUCGAGGAAAGGAGGCCUCUGAACCAUGAGGAGCUAGGAACUGCUGUGGUUAUUGUUGAGCCGGUGAGAUUUGAUGAAGGGACCACGUCUGAGGUUAAUGCUGACUACACUGGUACAAUGUCUCUGAACCAUGAGGAGCUCGGAGUUGGUGCGGUUACUGUUGAGCCGAUGAGAUGUGAUGAAGGGGCCAAGUCUGAGGUUAUUGCUGGCACUGACACAAUGUCCAUGAACCAUCAAAAGAUGGGACUUGGUGUGGAUAUUGUUGAGGAGAUGAGAUGUGAUAAAGGGACCAAGUCUGAGGUUGAAGCUGACACUGACACAGUGCUUCUGAACCAUGAGAAGUUGGGAGUUGGUGUUAAUGUUGUUGAGCCGAUGAAAUGUGCUGAAGGGACCAUGCCUGAAGUUAAUGCUGACACUGACACAGUGUCUUUGAACCAUGAGAAUUUGGAUACUGUUGAGCCAAUGAAUUGUAAUGAAGGGACCAAGUCUGAGGUCAAUGCUGACACUAGUGGAGUUGGUGCCGAGCCGAUGAAUUGUGAUGAAGGGACCAAGUCUGAGGUCGAAGCUGACACUGACAUAGUGCUUCUGAACCAUGAGAAGAUGGGAGAUUGUGCAGAGCCAAUGAAAUGUGAUGAAGGGACCAAGUCUGAGGUCGAAGCUGACACGACGUCUAUGCAAAAGCGUAACAAGAGAGGUGUCUCACUGAUCGAACAUUUCACAGAUGAAGAGAUAAAGUUGCAUAUAAUGAAUCUUCCGGACACAAUGUGUGCCCUCGAGGAGGAGGAUGAUGAGGAUGAAGAUAAGGAAUUAUGUCAGUUGUGUGGCAAUGGCAGACUCCCGUUACCACCACCGCCAAUAUACUGCUUAAGAUGCAACCGUCGCAUCAAAGACGACGCUGUCUAUUACACCCCCGGGGAAGAAGAGAUAAAGGAUGCGCAACUUAACUUCUGCAGUCCUUGUCGAACUGUCUGUUCAAACAAGUUCAAGUUAACAUCUGGAAUCACUAUCUCAAAAGCCAAUAUGCUUGAAUGUAAUAACCUUAAAAACCAAGCUUUCGAGCAGUGGGUUCAGUGUGGAUCUUGUUACAAAUGGCAACAUCAAGUUUGUGGUCUCUACAAUAAGGACAAGGACAAAGACGAGACCAGAGAGUAUAUUUGUCCCAUAUGUUUACUAGAGGAGCGUAAAAGUAACAACAACAACAACAACAACAACAACGACAUGCCAGUCGAUGACAAUACUAAUUUGGGAGCAAAAGAUUUGCCUGAAACCAUCCUCAGCUUCUUUCUAGAGCAAAGGCUAGCCAAGCGCCUUAAGGAAGAGAGAUGCGAAACCGCAAAGGCUACAGGGAAGAACGUUAAGAAUGUAUCUAAACCAGAGGGCCUUACUCUCAGAGUUGUGUAUUCCGCUGACAAAAUCUCAACCGUCAACAAACCCUUAGCCGAUUUGCUCCAUAGAAAAAACUAUCCUACUGAGUUCCCUUACAGAUCAAAGGUUAUUCUAUUGUUUCAGAAAGUGGAAGGAGUUGAUAUAUGCAUCUUUGCAUUGUUUGUCCAAGAGUUUGGAUCAGAAUGUAGCCAGCCUAACCAACGCAGCACAUACAUCGUAUAUCUCGAUUCGGUCAAGUACUUUAGACCCGAGAGACUCACAUUCGCAGGAGAAGCUCUGAGAACUUUCGUUUAUCAUGAAAUCUUGAUUGGAUAUCUUGAGUUCUGUAAGAUGCGGGGUUUCACAACGAGUUAUAUAUGGGCAUCAUGUCCACCCGAAACAGGAGUAGACUACAUUAUGUACUCUCAUCCUAAGACUCAGCAAACCCCCAACACUAAGAAGCUUCGCCAAUGGUAUACGUCAAUGCUUGAAAAAGCAGUUGAGCAGAAGGUGGUUGUGAAGACUACAAACUUGUAUGACCGGUUCUUCGUUUCGAGAGAGGAUCAAUCUACCUGCGAUAUGACAGCUGCGCGGUUGCCUUACUUUGAAGGAUCUUUGUGGUCCAAUAGUGCUGAGCUUAUCCUUCAAGAAAUCGAGAAACAAGGCAAUAACGAUUUGCACCAUAUGUUGAAAUCGCUUACUCGAAGAAAAAUAAAGAGCUACAAAAGUACGACUUGUGAUUAUGUUGAUUCUGAUGAUUGCAAAAACAUUCUCCUGAUGGAAAAGCUUGAAAAGAAAGUACUCAAUAAUAAGGAGGAUUUGAUGGUGGUAGAAUUAAACUAUUCAUGCACGCGUUGUUUGAAAGCCAUAGUAUCGGGAUUGAGAUGGUAUUGCGGCAAGUGCAAGAAUCUUCAACUGUGUGAAAGCUGCUAUGAUUCAAAACAAGAGCUUCCUGGUGAACACAUAUAUGAUAAUGCCAAUAACAAAGAAAAAAAGCAUCCUCUCUCAAAGAAACAGGUGAAUGUCACAACUGUGGAUAAUGAUAUCAUUCAAGAAAACGAAAUGUUCGAUAGCAGACAAGCGUUCUUAGCUAUUUCUCAAAAGAAUAAUUACAUUUUUCACACGCUUCGACAUGCUAAGCAUUCUUCGAUGAUGAUACUCCACAAUCUUCACACCUCAACUAAGCUUCAUCAUCACUCUCAAAACUCUAGCGGUCUCACCUGCACGAACUGCAAGAAAGAUGUUUCGACAAGUAUCUACUUGCCUUGUUUGCUCUGUCCGGAUUUCCGAGCUUGCACUGGAUGUUAUACCGAUAAAGAAACCGUUAGUCAUCUUCAUAUUUUCCCAACACUCGCUUCAUAUAAUAAUGGAGUCCCCCCUAAAACCGUAAUGGUUCUUGAGAUACUGAAAGCAUUGCAGCACGCAUCUCUGUGCCAACCCAAAGCCUCUAAGUCGUGCUCAUACCCGAAAUGCAGAGAAGUUCAAGCAUUGUUCAGUCACAAUGAACGAUGCAAAAUCCAAAAGAUGGGAGUUUCUUGUAAUAUUUGCCGAUACAAAACCAAAGAGAUGGGAGUUUCUUGUAAUAAUUGCGGUUGUAAAACUUGCGAUAGAUUGUCACAGAUAGUAAAGAUCCAUGCGAACCAUUGCCGAGAUCUCAAAUGCCCUGUACCAGGCUGCAGGUAG